CACACCUUCAAAGAGUAGAAACACGAGAGAGAGUGACUUUAGAGAUAUCCAAUUUUCGCACAAAAUCGACGAGCAACAAGAGUGGUCUUUUUUUAUCCUGGAGGCGGGUCAACUAAUAAUCUAUUGUGAGCAACGAGAGGCAGUGUCAUGAACGUUUUAAAGAGAGCGACCUAGUUCAAAACUCAGCUAGAUUUCGAUAACCUGUUUACUUUUUAUUCGAUUUCUAACAAUGGAGGCGGGAUUGCAGAGCAACCACUGUUGUGUUGGAGACUUGGAGUGAAGCCGCUGGAGAGGACGACGAGUGGGGUUUGAGGGUUGCUAAUGCUUGAGGUGGAGAAUUAGGGUUUUGUGUUUGUCCCUUUUUUCCCUUCACCAGAUCAAAAGGCGUUGCUGCAUGAGGAAAGUAUCUUUUUUCUCUCUUGUUUUUUUGGUUUGAGCGGUACACAUUAAACCUCCCGUUUUUUUGCGGUUCAACCGCUAAGAACCGGUCGAGAAGUUUGUUUGCCUCAUAUGAUAAUAUCGUCCCAAUUUUGACUUCGCUACUGGUAUUUAGAGGUUCAAACCGUCGGUACAAUAUGAUAUUUUAAUCCUUGCAUUUGACAGGACCUUAAUAACUUUUUGUCGAUGAAAUAUAAAAAAACUCAACGUGAUUAAUGAAAUCGAAUGAAAUUUUUUUUUUUCUUAUCACCAAAUCUGAAUAGAAGAAUCCUAUCUCCCUCAGAUUUUCACGUUAAAAACAUUUCUACAUUUAUCCUUGAAAAAAGGAAAUAUCUCUACUUUCCCGUAGUUGUAGUCAAUAGUUUGAAAUAAUGAAGUAAAAGUGUGAACAUGAACCCUGCAGUCUCCUCCCGAUUUGAAAAACAAAGGAAAACAGUAACAACAAGCACCGAAACCCCGGCAAAAUAUGGAGGGAACCAAUGAACCAACGGGAAGAAGAAAAAAAAAAUACUGAAAUCGGGAAAAAUAUAAUAAAGGAAACCAAAAUAAAUUAUGGAAAUCGUACGUUACCUUUCCAAUCUCCGGAAACAAACAAAACACCACAAUUCCCACCCAGCCAUCCCCCGCGUAGACGCUCCUCUCCAGUAUCAUAGGGACAGUACAGUCAAUUCACCACGUAGUCACUCACACAACAUGCCAUUCCCACCCCGCUCCUCUCCAUAAUAAUAGAAAAAUCAACAAUUAAUUUUCCUUUUUCCGCAAAAAUUUUCUUUGAACACCAUGGCGCGAAAAUCUCCUGAUUCUCCCGCCCCCUCUUCGCGACCAAACCCUCUUCUUCUGCAAAUCCAAUCUCCCCCACGUUCCUCACCCUAAAAACCUCAUCUCCUUUAUUUCCGCCCCCGCUCCUUCCCCUCAAAUCCCUCUCUCGCUCUCUUUCUCCGGUGACUCCGCCGCCAUGCACCCCCAUCCUCACCCUCACCCUCACCACCACCAGCCCCACAUCUCCCCGGCGACUCCCGGCGGCUCCACCGCUUCAUUCGACUACAACAACAGGCACUCCAAAAAGCAGCGCGGCAGCUACAACUGCGGCAGAUGCGGCCUUCCCAAGAAGGGCCACGUCUGCCACCUCCCUCCGCCGCCCGCCGCCGACUCUCCCGUCGCGGUGGUCACGCCUGCUCCCACCUCCUCCUCCUCUGCCGUUGCUGCCGCAGCCUCGCUCUCCUCCUCCCGACCCCCGCCGCCGUCAUCCGUUCGCCACCAGAGCUCGAACCUCCGCAGAGCGCUAUCGUUUGACGAUAUCGACAUGCGAUGUGACUCCCCGGAGCUGGGGGAGCUUGGUUCCGAGCUGGAUCUGGAUGGAUCGGGGCCCGGCGGGCUGCCGUCGAGCUGUACGUGGGAGGUGCUCAGGAGGCUGCCACCGGCUGGGCUGUUGGCUGCGGCGGCUGUGUGCAAGGGGUGGAGGGAUACUGCUAAGCGGUUGUGGAGAGCUGCGGAGGAGCUCAGGAUUAGAGUUCCUCCCCGAGCUCAGCUAGGGUUUGUUGGAUCUGUGUUGCAGAAGUGUCCUGGACUUGUUAGGCUCAGUCUUAGGAUGGAAAGUGAUGUGGAAGCAACAAUGCUGGCUUGCAUAGCGUUUUCCUGUCCCAAUCUGGAGUCCAUGGAGAUAUGUAUAUCUGAAUCUGCAGUCAAUCGCAUCACAGGAGAUGAGUUGGGCCGUUUUGUUGCUGACAAACGUUGCCUUACAAGCCUUAAGAUGGAAGGAUGCUCUAAUCUGGGGGGCUUUGUUCUCUGUUCAUCGAGUCUAUCCACCCUUUGGCUUUCAGAUCUUCAUUCUCUAUCUAAAAUGGUGUUUAACUGCCCCAACAUGAGGGAGAUUUCGCUGGAAUUUUCCUGGCAAGAAAAUGACAUCACCGAUCUUGUUGGAAUGGUUGAUAAUAUGGGUAGGAGUUGUAGUAGGUUGCAGAACAUUCACAUUGCAUCUGUUAGGCUUUCUCAUGCCGCUGUGCUUGCACUUACAGCUGCAAACUUAAGGAGUCUGAGAAUGCUUUCUCUUGUGCUUGGAGCUGGUAUUACUGAUGCAUCUGUUGCUGCCAUUUCUUCAUGCUAUUCAAAACUUGAAUUGCUUGACCUGAGUGGGUCCAGCAUUAGUGACAGUGGUAUUGGAAUGAUCUGCAAUGUGCUUCCUGGAACCUUGUCACGACUGCUCCUUGCUCUUUGUCCUAACGUCACUUCGAGUGGAAUUCAAUUUGCUACUGCCCAGUUGCCUCAUCUCGAACUCAUGGAUUGUGGCAUGACCAUAUGUGACCCAAGUUCUGAUAGUCCAAGCAGUGGCGGAAGUAAUGAAUUUGAGUUGCAGACGACAUUUGAAAAUAAAUUACACCUAAUAUACCAGAAGCUGAUUAUCAAGCAUGCCCGACUUAAAAAACUCAGCCUGUGGGGCUGUUCUGGCUUGGAUGCUCUAUGCCUCAACUGCCCAAAACUCAAUGAUCUGAAUCUCAACUCCUGCAAAAACUUGCAUCCGGAGAGACUGCUCCUUCAAUGUCCGAGUUUGGAAAGUGUACAUGCAACAGGAUGUCACAAAUUGUUGGUUGCAAACAUCAAGAACCAGGUGACUAAUAAUAGCAGCCAUACCGUUUCUGGGAAAACGAACUUUCUAAACAAAAGGGCACUUGAUGGGUCAAAGAGAGUAUGGGCACCCUACGGGCUUGGGCAGCAGCAGCAUCAGCAGGAGUUUGAUGAUGAUAAGAAGAGGAGAAGAAUGGGGAGUAGUAGAAAUUGUACCGUAGUUUUAGAUUGAUCGUGAUGUUACCUUGUGUGUACACUGUAGACAUAACAGGACAGUAAGCAAAGGGAUGGCAGUUAUAUGAGCUGUGAAUCCCAGUAAGCUUUGCACUGCUUGUAAUUUGAGGAUAGUUCAUAAUGGGCAGAAUUUCUGCCAGAGCUGCUGCACCUGUAGAAUUUGCAAUUUUCUUAUAUUCAACUCUGGCGUAAGACAGCUUAAAAAAUAGAUCAAAUGUAGUGAGGUUGGACCGAACUGGAUGUUAUUGUUGGAAUUGUUUUUGCUCUUUUAAUCAAAUAAAGACUAGAAAAAAGUGAAUUUUGAUACUGAUGUUAUAGUGUGGUUGUUGCUUUGUUUGAAGCAUACAAGAGAUGAAUAUGUACAUUGGUUUCUCAGUUACUAAGUUGAAUGGCAGAACAAGGAAACUGGGAGCAACCUUGGAGCAGGUGAGCGAUGCGCCUGGAUGUACAGGGGCGAGAUUGCAGCUGAUUUUGAAUUGGAAAAUAAAUAAGGGUCUGCUUUGGAAUGGUUUUGCUAUACCAACUCUCGAUGAGAUGCUUUGUUUGAAUUCAUAAAAGAUAAGUCAAUUUUGCUACCAUGACUGCACUGGAAACAAAGACUAACUGAGGCAGUAGGGAUGUAAACCCUUACUUUUAUGAACAGUAAAAUUGUAGGCGAUAUUAUCGUAUGGAACAGUGUCCCUACUUUUUAGUUACUUGCGGUUUUAAUUAAUUAAUUAAUAAUAUUCUUGAAUAAAAUUCUAAAAGUGCUUUUUAAAACCAAGGCUAAUUGCAUAUUCUUUAACAAUAAGUCAAUAGAACUUGAAUUAAAGAGACCCCUGACCUAAAAUUAAUUUAAUAUAUUUAAAUUUAAAUACAUUUUACUGUUCACUAAGGUUUUCAGUUCCCUAACCGUUCUACUAAUUUGUACAUGUUGAAACAAUAAAAGGACUUCACUUAACACUCAGCAAACCAGGGGAGGGACAAAGCUGGGCUGUCUCUAGGAGCAGCUAAUGACCAAAGAAGGGAGAAACCAAAACAAAGGAAUCAGAUAUUAUACAAAAAUUAAAAGCGCGUCAAAUAAUAUUUUAACUAGACUAAAGAGAUAUAAAUUUUUAAUAAGAAUUUGAAUAGAUAAGUAAAAUUGUGGAUCAAUUACAAUAUUAGAUCGGUUCUUAGAUAUGGUCGGUCAACUAUGGACUAGCCGGUUUUUUGUGAACCACAGAAGUUGCUCGGAUUUAAGUGGUUCACCGAUUCAAUAUUUUUUCCAAAAAAAAUUAACCACUAAAAAAUCUGUGGGAGCCACGAAUUUUUAAUUAGAACGUAACGAGAUCGAUAAAAUCGUGUACCAGUUACAAUAUCGGAUUAGUUCGUGGAUUUAAUCAGCAACGAUGAACUAGUCGGUUGUUUGCGACUAGGCGAUGAACUGCAAAAAUCGCUUUGAUUUAAGUGGUUCACUGGUUCAAUGUUGUUUCCCAAAAAACUUAACUACUAAAAAAAUUAGGCUAAUGUCUAUUUUUUAUCCAAACUUUUUUCAGAUUAUUUUAUAUUAUCCAAACCUUUUAAAAUGCUAUUAAUUAGCCAAAUCUUUUGUAAUGCAUCAAAAUAUUAGCCAUUUUACGUUAUUGUAGAUAAUUUUGUAGUUGUCAAAAAGAAAAAAGUAGAUAAUUUUGUAACUCUUUUCUUACUUAUACUAAAAUUUUGGAAUGUUGACCUUCAUGUUUCUCUUCCAAGUCAGUAUCAUGCUGCCAAAUCAAUAUUACUAACUGAAAGUUAACAUUUGGCUAAUUCUUAUUAUUUUGAUAGGUUUGACUAAUAAAAAAGAAACCAAAAAAGAUUUGGCUAAUAAAUAAUCAUUAACCAAAAAAUAAUGGGAGCCAGAAACGUGAAUGCUAACUAAUCACAAUAACCAGUUUGUAUACUUCUCCAUUUCAUUUUUGAAUUGCAUAUCAUCUUCCUUUAUUUAAUUCCACAUUUGGCUUCUUCGUCCAACACUACUUAGUAUCUUAUUUAUGUAUUCUAAUCUAAAGGAUCUAUAAACGAUUCACCAACCGCUUUAUAAAAAUUAAUGAUUGAACUAUGAACCACUGACUUUUCAGUUCAAUUUCCAGUCCAACUAAAAACGCAAAGAUUUUCUACUUAUUAUUAUAUCAUCAUUUUCCUCUUUAUUCUCUCCCUGGAAUUUAAAAACAUGUAAUUUUGAAUAUAAUUUCACUUUUUUUUUUUGUUUCUCUUUAGAUCAUUCCUUCCCACUUGAGUUAGAAUCUUCUACAAUUAUACACAAAUCUCGGACUAUAUUUAUGCAUAUCAAAGAAAGAAUCAUCACUGAAACAAUUAUCAUCCUAGAAAAAUAAUUAUAAUCGUAAAUGCACCACUGUAAAGGAUCAUAUUCAUGGGCAACCAUAACAACCGAAUAAUUGACCACCACGAUGCAAAGCGCGAUUCCCUGUCUAGUUAAUAUAUAUAUAGAGGAAUACCAAUUACUGUUCACUAAAAACUUUAGCUUUGGUAUCAUUUAUUUUAGCUUUACAUAAAUGGGUUUGUUUUUUUAGACUGUGCUAUUGUUGGAGUAAUGUGUUUGUUUUUGUUGUUGGCCCUUUUUUAUAUAUUUUAUUUUAAACUUGUCUUUAUGUAUAACAAUGUCAUCAUUAAAAUCGUUAAAAUGUAAUACGAGUAGAGAUGACAAUGAGUCGAAGCCGGAUGAUGCAUAUUCAUUCCCCUACUUAAAAUAAUUCAGGUUUUACACAUAUUCAUACUCAUAUAACUUAUAAGCAUCAGGUAGAAUAUCAAAACCAUACCAUACGCGAUCGGGUAUCCACGAUUAUCUAUGAAUAAUAAUUAUUCUUUAUAAUUUUAACCAACAUGUUAACAACUGUACAUAUACUGACAUUAUCUAAAUGAUAAAUUACAAUAAUAAAUUAUUUCAAUGAAUAAAAUUAAUUAAAAAAAUACAAAUUCAUGAAAAUAUCAUAUAUGCAUGAUAAAUAUAAAAUAUGUUGAGAAAAUAAUGAUAAUUAAAAAAAAUACAUAUGCAUAUGUAGAGCCAGAUAGUGCAUAUUCAUUCUCCUACUUAAAAUAAUUCGGGUUUUACACAUAUCCAUACUCAUAUAACUUAUAAGCAUUGGGUAGAAUAUCAAAACCAUACCCAUACCCGAUUGCAAUGUAGUCAAAAUCGCGCUUUAAAACUUAAAAACUUACGAUUUUACGUUUCUAGGUCACUAAAAAGCUUUUACACAAAAUCUCAGUUUUUAUAACUUAUGUAGUUAAAAACUCCGCUUUAAAACUUAAAAACUUACGAUUUUACGCUUCUAGAUCACCAAAACGUUUCUAUGUAGAAAUUCGCUUUUAACUACAUUGCCCGAUUGAGUUUCGGAUAUCCAAGAUUAUCCAUGAAUAAUAAUUUUUAUUUAUAAUUUCAAUCAACAUCUUAACAACUGCACAUAUACUGACAUUAUCUAAAUGACAAAUUACAAUAAUAAAUUAUUUAAAUGAGU